GCCACCAAUGAUUCGUCUUCAUGAUAAAGUGUGGAUUCCACAAGAGGAUCACCCGGAAAUCAAUUUUGUUGGUUUACUGAUUGGACCACGUGGUAAUACGCUUAAAUCACUUGAAGCUGAUACUGGAGCGAAGAUCAUCAUACGAGGUAAGGGAUCCGUUAAAGAGGGGAAGUUGGGCAGACGUGAAGGUCCGAUGCCCGGUGAAAAU